AUGAUUGGUCGCUCUACGAAGAAGCAGGUCGUGAACUGGGAUGCGUUCGGCCCGAUCCAGUCGGACGCGAAGGAGAAGAAGGCGCCCAGCAGCGACCAGAGUGCGUCCGAGGCAAAGGCCAUGGCGGACAGGAAGGCGGCCAAGCGCGCGGCGGCCAAGGAGGCCGGCACGGACGACCAGUCGAUCGAAGAGGUCAUGAUGAAGUCCGACCUGUUUGACCGCGAAAUCGAGGGAGCCGUCAAGGAAAAGGCCAAGGCGGAGGGUCCGGCGACGUGCCGCGCGGCGCUGGACAUGGGCAUGGAGCUGUACGGCGAGGGGGACUUUAAGGGGGCGUUGGGGAUGUUUGAGAAGUCUCUGGACCUGCCUGGGUCAGGGUUCAUGCGUAUCGCCGGGACGGUCCGGGAGUACGCGUGCCCGUCGGAGGGCGAGGAGCAGGCGGCGCUGUACAACAUGGCGUGCGCGUACUGCCAGAUGGGGCCGGAGGAGGGCGGCCCCAAGGUGGAGGCGGCGCUGGCGUGCUUGAAGGGCGCGGUGGAGGCGGGCUUCGAGGACGUGCGGGCGAUGGAGCAGGACGCGGAUCUCGCGGCGGCCGUGCGGGCGCCCGGGUUCGCGGAGAAGAAGCGCAAGGCGGGGUUCACGAACAAGCCGUGGCUGCAGUGGUAG